AUGAUUUCUGAUUUACAAGCGCAGAUCCUUUCAUAUUUUGCACUAUUUAGUCAUUUACAGUUACAUCGCAAUGACUGGAAACAGUCGCUAAACACUUCCCUAACAAAUGACCAAGACCAUUUUACACCACUAUUCAAAACUUCAACCUUGAAAAGACAAAUAAAACAACUUAAAGCAACUAAUUUUAAUAAGGACGAACAUCCGCAAACUCGUGUCAAUACCGCCAACCCCACAAUUGCUUCUACUGUAGAAAUAACCAUUGAAACCAUAAAAGUCAUAUGGCUAUCUAAUGGUAAAGACAAUAAACGGAGCAAGAGAAUCAAAACUUCAAAAUUCUCUAAAAUCAUUAAUAUAUUCAAAAAACGCCCAGUCGUCAAAAAUUCUACCAUAAUCUCAGAGAUAAAAACCAAAAACUUCGUAAUCAUCAUAAAUAAAUGUUAUAAUGAAUACAGCUUUAAAAAAACUAAAGAUAGUCUCAUAAUUCAUGCAGUAUAUAAAGACAUGGAAAUAUUUUGGGUUGAUGAGGUACUUUAUUGCUCUCUUUCAUCUCUUAAAAAAUUGACUCGAAUAAUUGCAUCAAGUUUCGAAAUUGCAGUUUAUAUUACUUGCCAUGUCGCAAUCAAGGCGAUUGUAAGCAGUGCAUUUGUGGAGUAA